AUGUCAGAUAAUACACAAAUAUAUUCAGCGACAUAUUCAAACGUUCCAGUGUUUGAGUACGUGACGUCAGAAGGUCCCAUAAUGCGACGUAAGGGGGACUCUUGGAUUAAUGCCACGCAUAUUUUGAAAAUCGCAAAGUUGCCAAAGGCAAAAAGAACAAGAAUACUUGAGAAAGAUGUACAGACGGGAAUACACGAAAAAGUCCAGGGCGGCUACGGAAAAUACCAAGGAACUUAUGUACCCUUAAAAUUGGGUGAGGUGAUUGCCCGUAAUUAUGAUGUUUAUGACACUUUAAAGCCGAUUUUUGAUUUUGAAUACAUCGAGGGUAAAACGGAAACACCACCACCUGCUCCCAAGCACAAUCACGCGAGCGCAUUAAAUAUAGCAAAACGACAAGCAUCACUACAGAAGAAGGACUUGCAGGCAAAACAACCGAAACAGCCCAAAAUCAAAAGAUCGGGAGACGAGCCGAGAAAACGUGGCAGGCCCAAAGGAUCGACAUUAAGUUCGACUCCAAGCCUACAGCACUCAGACACUGUACCCUUGGGAAGUGCAGGAGGUGAAUACAGCAGAGACAAUUCGUUUGCCGGUCCCAUUCCUAGAAUGUCACGACAAAACACUGAGCAGGAUGCCUUACAGAUGAUGGCAUCAAAUAUGAAUUUAAGACAAGAAGACUUGGCACCAGUGGACACCGAUGAAGACGAAGAUGACCAUUAUGGGAAGAAUGGUGGUGCAGCGUUGAAAAGAAGCAAGAAGAAUAAUGGAAUUUCGAUGCACAAUGGUGAUUUCGAUACCAACACAGACUUGUUAACCAGCAAAGAGUUGUUUGGUGUUUCGCGAAAUACCUUUGAAAAAAAUGCACAUAAUUUUAGUGGCCCGCAGGCAAAUUUGAUUACCCCCUAUCAUCAACCCAGUAUCAAUCUCUCACAAGACAAUCAAAUCUAUUCAGAAUACUUUGCCAAUUUCGUGUCAUUCUUUUUGGACGAUGAAGGGAAUAAAGGCGCGUUGAAUUCACCUCCAGAGAGCGUGUUGCCUGAAAAGCUCUUGAAUCCACCUCAACCUGUAUCCAAAAUUCAUAUCAACCACCCAAUUGAUAACGAGGGAAAUACCAUUUUCCAUUGGCUUUGUUCAUUGGGAUAUUUGACGCUUAUAAAGUUUUUGAUUGACAAGUUUGGUAAAGAGAUUAGGCUUGACAUACGAAAUAACAAUGGAGAGACACCCUUGAUGUUUAUGGUGAAAUUUAGCAACUGUUUCAGCUCAAAUACCUUUGAGGAAGUUUUGAGUAUACUUUUUGAAUCCCUAAUACUUGUUGACUCUAGUGGAAAGACUGUAUUACAUCACAUAGUGGAGUAUAAGAAGGAAAAGGUAGCUGCAUAUUACUUAGACAUUUUGUUGAAAAGUCUAGUGCAUGAAGGAGGCAAUCCCAGUGAUGAUAAAGACAAUAUCACAGAUGAGCGAUUUGAAUUAAGUACAAAAUUCAUCAACCAUCAGGACUCAGAUGGAAAUACUGCAUUUCACAUAGCUGCGUACAAUUUAAGUAAAAGGUUGAUAAAGGUGUUUAUUGAUUGUCACAAGUUUAUCAACUUCAGUUUGAGGAAUCUAGUCACAUGCACUGUGGAGGAUUACUUGGCGUCCCAUAAUUAUGUACUUCGUCUUGACAUUGGCACAGACGGAGAGGAUACUUCAAAUGUCGAGAAUGCAGAGCUUGUAAGUAACCCCAGGCAGGAUAUGAUAGAAGAGGCAGACUCACUUGGACAAUCAUUCGAUGCACAACUUUACAACUCGAAAUUGGCGAUCAAUUUAUACAACAACACUGCCAACCUACUAACGGAGAAAAUGGCUGAAUUGUCGUACAUUAUCAAUCAAGAAUUGAAGGAAAAAGACGACAUUGUACUAGGCUAUUUUAAGACAUUGAGUAAGGUAAACGAAAUCAAAUUAUCAACACAACGAGCUAUAUUAGCAAUUUUCAAAUUGGAACAUUUGAUUGAUGAUUUGGAUGAGGGUCCAAAAAAGGAGAAGCUGGACCCAUCAAGUCAGGAGUCCAACAUUCUUGAAAACAACUACGACAACUUCCAAGUGAAUUUCAAGAGAGAUCAAAUUGUGCAAGAAGAGAUACAUCGUUUGGUGAAUGAUUUAACAUAUCAAUUGUUGCACAAACAAGAAGACUUGAGUAGGGUAUUGCAAAAGUUUAAAAAUUUCAAAGAGUUUCUGAUCAAAAGACAGUUGGAGAAAGCAUCUCCCGAGGAGGUAAGUGACUCGUCUGGGAAUCCGUUUGAACUUGCAAACCUUCUUCAGAUUGAGAUAUUGAAAAAGAAACAUCUGGUGAAUCAAAUUGUAGAUUAUACAAAAAGCGUUCCCACCUUGGCCGACCGUACAGACCCUUCAAAACCGAUCAUUGAACAGUAUGCUUCAAAUCCUGAAAACAAGUUGAUCAAAUACUGCAAACUUAUCUCUUUGAGUUGUGGAAUGAGAUUUGACGAAAUUGAGAGCAAUAUUGACUUGAUUGAGCAAAGCUUAUUGAAGAAUAGGUAA